GUUUCAGCCAAUCUGGCAACAACUAGCUAGUAGGAGGCGGACUGGCAGUUGACACGGCGCACACACUUCUAUCUUCAGACAUUGGACAGACUCUUCAACAUGCUCUUGUGACCAUUAAUAUAAAUUGGCCUGACAAAUUCAACUAUUUGGGGGAGGGGAUGAUACAAAUAUACCACUUUGUAGGAAGGAGUAAAGCGACCGUCGGUCACCACUUGCAAAUAAACACCCCGGAACUGGUUAGCUAGCGAACGUUAGUAACGUUACGCUCAGUUGGCUAGCUUUUUAUUGGCAAUGUUUACUAGCGUUGGUUGCUAGCUACACAAUUGUCAACACGCGUGGAGAAUAAACGUUUGGCCUGUGUACUAUCAGCAAGACAGCUUGUUCUCAACACCGAAAACUUCACGGCGACCUACCACCACUUGUAGCUCCGAAAAUGGCUUCAAGAGGGGGCUUUACGGCUACUCAGAUGAACCCCAGUGUUAACCCCAUGAACGCUGGACAUGCAGGCGGUGGAAUGAGGAUGCCAGGAAUCCAACAGAAUUCGGGUUUCCGAGCCAUGAAUGCCACUCCUCAGUACCAUCAGCACCCUGGUAUGCCUUCCAACAGGGGGAUCCCGAUGGGGCCAAUUGGGGGCCCUGGACCCUCUUAUGGGGGCGGGAACAUGCCCUUACGCAUAGGAAUGGGGCAAUCAGCCAUGGAUGCCUCUCGAAAGCGAUUCCUUCAACAACAACCGCAGGGGGGGCUGGGAGGCCCAAGGCGUGGCAAAAGGCGCAGGAUGGCCGACAAGGUGCUACCACAGAGGAUACGAGACCUGGUUCCAGAGUCUGAGGCCUAUAUGGACCUGCUGGCCUUUGAGAGGAAGCUGGACCAGACCAUCGCCCGCAAACGCAUGGAGAUCCAGGAAGCCAUCAAAAAGCCCAUUACGCAAAAGCGCAAGUUGAGGAUCUACAUAUCCAACACCUACACUCCCGGCAAGCCAGAAGGAGAAGAGGCAGAAAAAGUGUCAUCCUGGGAACUAAGGGUGGAGGGAAAACUCCUUGAGGAUCCUGGGAAACAGAAGAGGAAGUUUUCGUCCUUCUUUAAGAGUCUGGUCAUUGAGCUCGAUAAGGAACUGUAUGGACCUGAUAACCACUUGGUAGAGUGGCACAGGAUGCCCACCACCCAGGAGACAGACGGCUUCCAGGUGAAGAGACCAGGGGACGUGAGCGUGAAAUGCACCCUGCUCCUAAUGCUGGACCACCAGCCCCCACAGUACAAGCUGGACCCAAGACUGGCCCGGCUGCUAGGUGUACACACCCAGACACGGGCUAGCAUCAUGCAGGCGCUGUGGCUCUACAUCAAGAACAACAAGCUGCAGGACAGCCACGAGAAGGAGUACAUCAACUGCAACCGCUACUUCAGACAGAUUUUAGGCUGCACACGUAUGCGGUUCUCUGAGAUUCCCAUGAAGCUGGCUGGCCUGCUGCAGCAUCCUGACCCCAUCAUCAUCAAUCACAUGAUCAGCGUGGACCCGAACGACCAGAAGAAGACAGCGUGCUACGACAUUGACGUGGAGGUGGACGAUCCUCUGAAGGCCCAGAUGAAUAGUUUCCUGUCCUCCACUACCAAUCAACAGGAGAUCGCCACCCUGGAGAUGAAGAUCCACGAGACCAUUGAGUCUAUUAACCAACUGAAGACCCAGCGAGACUUCAUGUUGAGCUUCAGCAACAAACCGCAGGACUUCAUUCAGGACUGGCUCAAGUCCCAGAGUCGAGACCUCAAGUUGAUGACGGACGUGGCAGGUAACCCAGAGGAGGAGAGGAGGACUGAGUUUUACCAGGCCCCCUGGGUGCCAGAAGCUGUGGGCCGAUACGUCUACUCUAAGGUGCAGCAGAGAAGACAGGAGUUGGAGCAGGUGCUGGGAAUUCGACUCACCUGAGUCAUUAUGGAGCGUAGCUCCCCAGUCCACUAAAACAAAACAAGGCACAUUUUAAGAUUGUCUUAAACUCCCAGUUUUACAUUAAUCAUAUCCAAAACACAACCACAGAACUGGAAUCCGCUUCUAUCAAUUCGCAUUGCCUUUUUCAACCACUUUGUAAUAGCAUAUGUUUAUAUAUAUAUAUAUAUAUAUAUAUAUAUAUAUAUAUAUAUAUAUAUAUAUAUAUAUAUAUAUAUAUAUAUAUUUUGCAGCUAAUGUGUCUUUCAAUCACAAAGCCUUAUGUCCUUAUGGGAAUGGUUUGGUGCAAUGGUUUCAGCAGGGUAAAGGCUUUUGAGUACUUUGCUGGUAACUGUUAGUAGCAUUUUUUCUUCAAAGUAAUUACUUUGAGACCAAAUUAAUGAUUUUACAUGGUCUUGCUUAGUCUCGUCUUUCUCCACAUUACGAGGGAUACUGUUUGACAGCCAGCUGACUCAAAUAUUUGCCUUUUAUAAUAUUGCAAGAUGUACAAAUGAGUUUGUAGCUUUCUUCCCACAUUUUGCUUAUGAUGUCUUAACUUGAGUCAAAACAACUUGACAGUACCAAUGCUUGUGUGCCAUUUUGUUGUGUGUUUUUACCAUAGUUUUUCAAAGCUAUGGAGAUGAUUUAGUUAGGGGAAAGUACCUAAAGCCUAGUAGCCUUUACACAAACAACGCUUGUUAGAAAUACAGAAUAAUAUCCUAGAAUCCAUGUUUGGACAGGACACUCAGGAAAUCGUAGUGCUGGUAAAGGGGCUGUUCUAUUCGCUAGGAAAGGAGCCCACUUUGUCCAGCUGUUUCAGUCAAUUUGGAUUUGUGUUAUUCUGUUCACAUGCUGUUUUGAUUGGUUGUUAGGGUAUUUCACUGUCUGAAUUCCAAGGGGGUGGAAGAUUGGCAGUUUGGGUGGGUGCAAGGGGGUCUCCCUAAAAGGAAUACUUUGGGAUUUUGGCAAUGAAGCCCUCUACUUCCCCAGAGUCAGAUGAACUCAUUGAUACCGUUUGUCUCUGCAUCCAGUAUAAGGAACUUAGAGGUAGUAUCGCGAGCCACUGAUAACUAGCGUUAGCGCAGUGACGAAGUCUAUGGUAUCUACUAGCAUGCUAAUAGUUUCCAUAUACUUCCAGGCAUUGGGCUAACGCUAGUUAGCAACUUCCAAACUGCACGCAGGAACAUAACAGGGUAUCCACAAGUUCAUCUGACUCUGGGGAAGUAGAUAAAGGGCUUCAUUGCCAAAAUCCUGAAGUAUCCCUUUAACUUAAUUUAGGAAGUCUGAAACUGUUAUUUGAAUUAAUAAGAAUCCAAACCAUAGUAGUACUUCACAAUGUGCAUAUGGUUGUCCACCAUUGUAUUUUCAUAUAAGUCUUAAAGGGAUAAUCCACCACAAAUUCCUAUGAUUAACAGUUAAAUAACACUAUGUAAUGAAAAAUAAUGCCAAUCCAUAUCAGCAUGUGAGGUAGCUAGCUACCUGUAAAAUCACCUAGAGAAACUGCACUGUCAAUUUAGGAGUCUUAAACAGAGUUAACUUCCAGUUCGUCUCUACCCAGAGCUUCAUACAGUUAUUGGCCCACAGCAUUGGUACUUGAAGGAGAAACUGGGUUGAAUAAUUUGGUACAUUGUUUAGAUUGAGCACAUCUAAGCAAAAUAUUAACUUUGUGAUGCCAGUAUAAAUGGCUGGAUGUGUUCUAGAGAAGUAUGCCCAUACCAUCUAUUGGCAGAUUUGGCGAUCUGGAGUGCAGGUAAUUGUUUUAAAAGCGCUAUUAAAUGUAAUGGGGGAUAACACUAUCUCCAGUGAAAAGAACCAUGUAGCUAUGAUACGUUCCUACACGAUUUUCACAGACUGACCACUUAGGAGUUAAAUCAUUUAUUGUACCCAGUGAUAGAACAGGCUUUCCCCAAUUUGACAGGCUUUACAUGACUUUAAUUUCUGGGGUUGGAUUAUCCCUUUAAUCAAUUUUUAACAAAAAUGUAAACAACAUAAUUUAAUAAUAGUAAUAAUUUCAAAGGUUUUAUUGAGUUACAGUUCAUAUAAGGAAAUUUGUCAAUUGAAAUAAAUAAAUGAGGCCCUAAUCUAUGGAUUUCACAUGACUGGGCAGGGGUGCAGCCAUGGGUGGGCCUGGGGAGCCAGGCCCACUGGGGAGCCAGGCCCAGCCAAUCAGAAUGAGUUUUUCCCCACUAAAGGGCUUUAUUACAGAUGGUCCUGCAGAUGAAGAAGCUGGAUGUGGCGUUCCUGGGCUGGCAUGGUUACACGUGGUUGUGAGGCCGGUUGGAUGUACUGCCAAAUGAUCUAAAAAAAAAAAAGCAACAACAUUACAUUCCUGCACUCAGCACGCUCCCUCAACUUGAGACAUCUGUGGUGUUGUGUGACAACUGCACAUUUUUAAAGUGGUGUUUUAUUGUACCCUACACAAGGUGUAGUGUAAUGAUCAUGUGUAAUGAUCAUGCUGUUUAAUCAGCUUCUUGAUUUGCCACACCUGUCAGAUGGCUGGAUUAUCUUGGCAAAGGAAAAAUGCUCACUCACUUGGACAUGCAGAAACUGAGAGAAAUCAGCUUUUUGUUUGUACAGGACUUUUUGUUUCAAGCUCAUGAAACACAUUCUGUGUUGGUUUUUUUUCAGUGUAGCUUGAAUGUUUUAUAUGCAGGUUUUUACUUUAGGAAAAUGUCUAAAUGCCUAUGAACAUUCCAAGAAUCUGAUUUUUGUCAGUGCCAAAAUUGUUCUUGUGAAAGAGAGCAGUUACGUUUCAAGGAAUCUCACUGCUGUGCCUGUUCCGCUUGAUUUUCUACGAUAUCUUUGUAGAAGUUUGCAUGUUUUUGUAUCCUCAAUUGAAAGCUUUUAUACAAUUAUACUCGGGGGUGCCUUUUGGAAUAUUUCAUAAAAUAAAUAUACUUGAAGAAACA